AGUAAGCGACUUUUAAUAUUACCGUGGAAGCAAAUAUUUUACUAUGUCACAGCGGCAGUAAGAAACAAAAUCUCAGGGGUUGCUCUUUAUAUUGGUAAUGAAUCGGCCAAAGCCACCCAGCAUCAGGCGCCCUAGCGGAGCCAAACCCUCAGGUCACCCUCCUCCAGGAGACUUCAUUGCCUUGGGGGCCAAAAGCCAGACCAAUGAGCCAAAGGCAAACCCAGUUCUUCUGAAACCAGCUACUACGGGGUUGCCACCGGACCGCAAGAGAGAGGCCUCCUCAUCCUUGCCCUCCUCUUCAGGGUUGUCGAGUCUGGCUAAGCGGCCCAAACAUUCGUCCACCCCACCUAGCGCACUCUCGCGCCUGGCUGAAGUAGCGGCUGUUGACAAAAGGGCGAUCUCACCCUCCAUCAAGGAGCCAUCUGUUGUGCCGAUCGAAGUUCCUCCUGCCUUGCUUUUGUAUGAGAUUGACGCGGCAGAGGCUGAGGGAAAUGAUGAGCGCAUUGAGGGAGUUCUUUGUGGUGCGGUGAAGCAGCUGAAGAUGAACCGCGCAAAACCUGACAUCACUCUCUAUCUCAGCCUCAUGUUUCUGGCCAAAAUCAAGCCCAAUGUGUUUGCCACCGAAGGGGUCAUCGAGGCCUUGUGCAGUCUCCUUCGCCGCGAUGCCACCAUCAACUUCAAGACGAAGGGGAACAACCUGGUGUCUGUUCUUGCAUGUAACUUAUUAAUGGCAGCCUACGAAGAGGAUGAAAACUGGCCCGAGAUCUUUGUCAAAGUGUACAUUGAGGACUCUCUCGGGGAGCGAAUCUGGGUGGAUAGCUCCCACUGCAAAACAUUUGUAGACAAUAUUCAGACUGCUUUUUCCACCAAGAUGCCCCCAAAAAGUAUGUUGCUUCAGACCGAAACGGGACGCUCAGCAGGAGAUCUCAGUGCAGGCAACAGCCCUCAUCCCUCCACUCCAGAUGAGGAUGACAAUCAGACUGAGCUGCUGAUUGCUGAAGAAAAGCUCAGUCCAGAGGAGGAAGGGCAAGUCAUGUCCAGGUAUGAGGAGCUGGCAGAGAGCGUUGAGGACUAUGUGCUGGAUGUGCUGAAGGACCAACUGAACCGCCGGCAGCCCAUGGACAAUGUGUCCAGGAACCUGCUGCGCUUGCUCACGGCCACCUGUGGCUACAAGGAGGUUCGGCUGAUGGCUGUGCAAAGGCUGGAGAUGUGGCUGCAGAACCCAAAGUUAACCAGACCAGCACAAGACCUCCUCAUGUCUUUGUGCAUGAACUGCAGGACACACGGAGCCGACGACAUGGAUGUGAUUUCCAACCUCAUCAAGAUCAGGCUUAAGCCUAAAGUCCUCCUCAACCACUAUAUGCUGUGUGUCAGGGAGCUCCUGAACGCACACCGGGACAACCUUGGCACAAUGGUUAAACUUGUGAUCUUUAAUGAGCUGUCGAAUGCCAGGAAUCCUAAUAAUAUGCAGGUUCUACAUACGGUACUGCAGCACAGUCCAGAGCAGGCUCCCAAGUUCCUGGCCAUGGUGUUCCAGGACCUGCUGACCAACAAGGAUGAUUACCUGAGGGCGUCACGAGCCCUGCUGCGGGAGAUCAUCAAGCAAACCAAGCAUGAGAUCAACUUCCAGUCCUUCUGCCUGGGCCUCAUGCAGGAGAGGAAGGAGGCUGCGUAUGCAGACAUGGAGUUUAAGGAACGCUUUGUCAUCCAGGUGACAGAUCUAUUAACGGUCUCCAUGAUGCUGGGCAUCACAGCACAGGUCAAAGAAGCAGGCAUCGCAUGGGACAAGGGGGAGAAGAAGAAUCUGGAGGUGCUGAGAGCCUUUCAGAACCAGAUUGCUGCCAUCCAGAGAGAUGCUGUGUGGUGGCUGCACACUGUGGUUCCUACUAUCAGCAAGCUGGGGCCUAAGGAUUAUGUCCAUUGCCUUCACAAAGUGCUGUUCACAGAGCAGCCUGAGACAUAUUACAAGUGGGACAAUUGGCCUCCAGAAAGUGAUAGAAAUUUCUUCCUGCGCCUGUGUUCGGAAGUCCCCUUGCUGGAGGACACAUUGAUGCGUAUCCUAGUGAUCGGCCUGUCACGAGACCUUCCCCUGGGCCCAGCUGACGCUAUGGAGCUGGCUGACCACUUGGUGAAGAGAGCAGCCGGUGUCCAGUCAGAUGAUCUCGAUGUGUUGUGUGUUGAGAGGAUUCAGCUCAUCGACGCUGUGCUGAACUUGUGCACAUACCAUCACCCGGAGAACAUCCAGCUGCCUGCAGGGUAUCAGCCUCCAAAUCUGGCCAUAUCUACCCUCUACUGGAAGGCCUGGCUUCUGCUGCUUGUGGUGGCAGCCUUCAACCCACAGAAGAUUGGUCUGGCAGCUUGGGAUGGCUACCCCACCCUCAAGAUGCUCAUGGAGAUGGUCAUGACGAACAACUACUCUUACCCACCGUGCACGGUUGCCGAUGAAGAGACGAAAGCGGAGAUGAUCAGCCGUGAGCUGCAGGUCUCCCAGAAGGAGCGUCAGGAGAUUCUGGCCUUUGAGAGCCACCUGGCAGCCGCCUCCACCAAGCAGACCAUCACGGAGACCAAUAGUCUGCUUCUGUCCCAGCUCACAAGCCUGGAACCCAAAGGCCCCCCUCGCAGACCCCCACCACACAUCCAGGAGCAGGUGAAAAGUCUGAACCAAUCUCUGCGUUUGGGCCACCUGCUGUGCCGUAGCCGCAGCCCUGACUUCCUGCUCAGCAUCAUCCAGAGACAGGCAUCCUCUCAGUCCAUGCCAUGGCUGGCUGACCUAGUGCAGUCCAGUGAGGGGUCCUUGGACGUGCUGCCCGUUCAGUGCCUGUGUGAAUUCCUCCUCCACGACGCAGCUGACGACACCCCAUCUGCUGAGGAUGAAGAGGAAGGAGAGAGCAAAGAGCAGAGAGCAAAGAAACGACAGAGGCAACAGAAGCAGAGGCAGCUCCUGGCCCGCUUGCAGGACCUGCUGCUGGGGCCCAAGGCUGACGAGCUGACCACCUGCGAGGUUCUUGACUACUUUCUGCGCCGCCUCAGCUCUUCCCAGGUGGCAUCAAGGGUGCUCGCAAUGAAGGGCUUGUCCUUGGUGCUGUCUGAAGGAGGGCUAAAGGACGGGGAGGACAGAGAGCCGUCGAUGGAGGAGGACUCGCGGGACGCUGAGCUUCUGCCAGCAUACCAGUGGCUCCUGCAGGACCUUCCCAAACUGCCACUGUUCGACAGUGUGAGGGGAAUGACAGCCAGCGCCUUGCAGCAGGCCAUUCAUAUGGAGACGGAUCCCCAGACCAUCAGUGCCUACCUGAUCUACCUCUCCCAGCAUGCACCAGUGGAGGAGCAGGGACUGCACAAUGAUCUGGCACUGGAUGUGGCACGGCUGAUUGUAGAGCGCUCAACCAUCAUGAACAGUCUGUUCUCGAGGCACUCGUGCCGGCCAGAGUCAGAUGCCGUGCUCUCCGCCCUCAUUUCCAUCUUCUCCACUUAUGUGCGCCGCAUGAGGAAGACCAAAGAGGGUGAGGACCUCUACAGCUGGUCAGAGUCUCAGGACCAGGUGUUUCUACGUUGGACAACAGGAGAGACGGCCACCAUGCAUAUUCUGGUGGUUCAUGCCAUGGUCAUUCUGCUCACACUGGGACCCCCUAAAGGGGAAAGUGAUUUCUUCACUUUGCUUGACAUCUGGUUCCCUGAUAAGAAGCCACUUCCUACGGCUUUCCUGGUUGACACCUCCGAGGAGGCACUUCUCUUGCCUGAUUGGCUGAAACUGAGGAUGAUCCGCUCUGAGGUCUCCCGACUGGUCGACGCAGCAUUACAGGACCUAGAGCCACAGCAACUGCUGCUGUUUGUGCAGUCCUUCGGCAUCCCCGUGUCCAGCAUGAGCAAGCUGCUGCAGUACCUGGACCAGGCCGUGUCCCAUGACCCACACACGCUGGAGCAGAACAUCAUGGACAAGAACUACAUGGCUCAUCUGGUGGAGGUGCAGCAUGAGAGAGGCGCCACUGGAGGGCGCACUUUCCACAGCUUGCUCAGUGCCUCUCUUCCUCCACGUAGAGACAGUGCAGAGGUGGGCAGGACUAAGCUGAGUGUGGAGACCCCCCAUGGCUCGGUGAAGAUGAGAAGCCCCAGCCAGUUGCCUGUCAUCGGCCCCGAGGAUGACUUGACCAGCGUCCUGCUGCAGCUGUUCCCUCUGAAGGUGGAUCCUCGCUGGCCCACGCCUCCAGCCCGCCCCUUGGCCCUUGCUCUGCAGCAGACCCUGGCUCAGGAGGUGUUGCGGGCACGCAAAGGCCUCAGCCAGCAGAGCAGUGCUGCAGGACGUCUCCUGCAGGCCCUGGCAGCUUUGCUCGGCUCCGCCCAUGCCGGCACUCUUGUCAUGGCAAUGCAUCAUAGCCACGCUCUCUCGUGUCCACUCUUCCGCCAACUGCACCUUUACCAGCGACUGGUGGCCCAGGAUGUGGCGUUCGCCUCACUCUUCUUUAAGGUGGCAAUGCAGAUGCUGACAUGGUUGGAGAGCUCGGCGGUGGAGGCGGGUCCCCUUAACUCCCUGCUGAAGUCCCUGGCUGCCCAGUACUCUCACAAACACCAUAUCACUGAUGUACGUACAGGCUGUCUGCAUCUGGCUGAUGCCCUGGCAUACAAGCGUGACGCAGAGGUGGCCGUGAGGGGUGUCAUCGCUUCACUGCGAGCUGGGGAGAGAUGCAACGCUGAGCCUGAACUCAUCAGGAAAGUUCUCCAGGGUCUGAUGGAGGUGAAGUCCCCAUACUUUGAGGAGCUGCUGUCCCUGCUCAUGACUGUUGGGACAGACACAGGAGCCCCUGGCAACACGGCUGGCCCUGUCGCCAUGGUGAUCUCGCUGUUGCUGCAGGACAUGGAGGAGAGGGGAGUGAAGGUGGAGGCUGACUCUAAAAUCAGCUUAGAGGUGAAGAGGCCGAGCUCCGGCUCAGGCAUGUUAGUGGACCUGCUGGAGCUGUUUGAUCCUGAGGUGACCUCUGUGUGCUCAGACCUCCAGUACAAACUGCUCUUUUCCCUAAACAAGCCAGGUAAAGGCAGUGCUGUGUGUAUGGCCCCCUCCUACAGGCCCUACCUGCUGGCCCUGCUCACUCACCAGUCUAAUUGGAGCACUUUGCACCAGUGCAUCAGCACCCUGCUGAACAGGCCCAGAGAGCACAGGGUGGACCCGUCCUCGGCUCUGGACUUCCUGUGGGCGUGCUGUCACAUCCCACGCAUAUGGCAGGGCAGAGAUCAGAAAACUCCACAAAAGCGCACGGAGAAGUUUGUACUGAAACUGUCUUCUGAUGAGCUGAUCAGUCUGGUGGACCUGAUCCUGUGGGAGUCAGAGCUGAGCUGGCGAGACACAGGCCCAGCUACCGGCGCACUGGACCAUGCCUCCUGCUCCCUCAUCCAAUCCCGUUUGCCCCUGCUCCACAGCUGCUGCCACGGUGACCCGCAGAGCAUCUGCAAUGUCUCUGAGUACCUCGUCAACUGCGCGAGGAAGUGGGGAGACAGCGUGAUGAGCCGCAGGUGCGAGAACCUGCUGCUGCAGAUCUACCUGCACUUCCCUGAGGUGGUCCAGCACGUGCACCUGCCCGAUGCCAGCGUGAGUGGAGAGGCUGCCGCCGCCGCCGGGAGUACCUGCAAGCUGGAUAUCCUUGUGCACCGCCUCAUCACUCUUCUAGCCGACACGGGGGAGUCCAAAUCGGCAGAGAGUCGUGUGUCUGAUGCUAACCUGGCCUGUAGGAGGCUAGCUGUGUCCCACCCCGUGCUAAUGCUCAGACACCUGCCUAUGAUCGCCGCCCUGCUGCAUGGCCGGGUCCACCUGAACCUGCAGGAGCUCCGCCAGCAGCACCACCUGACCACCUUUAGCGACGUGCUGGCCAUCCUUGAGCUGCUGCAGCCGCUUGUCUUCCACCCAGACCACCAGAGGGCACUGCAGGACUGCCUGCUCUCUUUUAUUAAAGUCCUGCAGAACUUCAGAAGAUUGUCCCGUAUACCAAUUAUUAGCAAAUUUGUGCAGUUCAUUCAAAAAUAUAUUACCCAUGAUGCAGCAGCUGCUGUGCCUUAUCUGCAGAAGCAUUCUGAUGUUCUACAGGGUCUCUCCUCAGAGAAUCCAGACCUCGUACAGCUGAAGUCCCUGCUGGCUGGCCUUACUCUGCCUGUGAAAACAACCUCCACAGAGAUCACUGCAGAGGAUAGCCAUGCUGAGGACUCUUCCGCUGGCUCUCUUCCUCUGGUCAGUAUCUCAGCCUCUACGCCACUCACUUCAGCAGAUAUGACUAAGUACCUGAAGAAGAUCUCACAAGGGGAGGCCAUUGAAGACGUGCUGGAGGUCUUGACUGAGGUGGAUGAAAAGUCGAAGAGGAAUCCUGAAAUUAUCCAGUAUUUUGUUAGUGACCUGCAGAGACUAAUGACCUCACCCGAGGAGCUGUGUCGUAACAUGGCCUUCAGUCUGGCACUGCGCUGUAUACAAAACACCCCCAGCCUGGCGUCAGACUUCCUUCCCACCUUCAUGUAUUGCAUGGGAAGUGGCAACUUUGACGUUGUGCAGACAUCCCUGAGGAACCUUCCAGAAUAUGCACUCCUCUGCCAAGAGCAUGCUGACAUUCUACUGCAGAAGGCGUUCUUAGUGGGGAUCUACGGCCAAAUUGAUACCAGCUCUGUGAUAUCUGAGUCCAUGAAGGUCCUGCACAUGGAGGCUACAACAUAGCUAUAUUUUUACUGCAUUACUGAAAUUGUUGAAAUUUUGUGUUUGUCAUGACAUGCUUGUAGUUUUAGCUGCCUAAAACACAAGUUUCCAAUAUCCGGUUGUGUUAAAGUUUAUUUUUUAUUCCCAGAGCAACUUAAGCCCAUUAGAUUUAAUGAAAUGACAACAGUAGUGUGAUUUUUAUCUAGUGUCAGUUUAGUGUCAGUUUGGGAGUAAAGUCUGUCAUAAACCUUUUUUUUGUGUUUGGAAUACUUUGCAUAAUAAAAAAAAAAAGAUGUCUGAGUAACCAAAAAA